AUGGCGACCGAUAAGACACAGAUUGAAAGCCAAAUUAGGCCUGGUACAGACGACGAGCUGAACUUGUAUCUCAACCCAGCUACAGCCCGAUUUCUCAAAAGUGUGUCAAAGGCAAUCCUGCAAGACCCAGGACUACCCAGGCCAAAUCCAACAGUGUCAGCUUGGCAGGUUCCUCCUCAUCCGUCUCUGGCCUCGAUACAGUCGAGGGAUCUUCCAGAAUUUACUGAUUUUGCGGUGAUUGGCUCCGGCAUUACUGGUUGUAGUGUCACAAAGGCACUCCUCGAACACCCAUCUACAGCUAACUCAUGUGUAACGGUGUUUGAGGCCCGCACUCUUGUCAGUGGAGCAACAGGACGCAAUGGGGGACAUCUUGUCACAGCAUCUGGGCAUACAUUCGGCCCCCUGGCUGAACAGCAUGGAACUGAAGCGGCAAGGGAGAUCACUUGCUUUAGCAUCAUGAAUAUUGAGCAUUUGAUGAAACUGGUAAGAGAAUUCGAUUCUGCUUUGCAAGAAGAGUGCCAGAUACGAGAUGUCCUGAAAGUCAUGGCUGUUGGAGACGACGAGACAUGGGCUUCUGCGAAGAGCUCGGUUCUGGGCUUCCAGGACAAAGUUCCAGAGUACAGUGCUUAUCACAGUAUAAUUGAAAGAGACCAGGUUCCAGAGAGAUGGAAUAUCAAGAAUGCAUCUGGGGCUGUUGAACAUGAAGCUGGUGCAAUUUGGCCCUAUCGACUGCUGACAGGUAUCUACCAACGCCUGUUGGACAAGUACUCUGAUCGACUGAAUAUCGAGACAAAUACGCCAGUCACUCGCGUUGAGUUCUCUCAGGGAUUAUAUCCCUACGCCAUCACUACCCCGAGGGGGAGCAUCCGAGCGAAAAAGGUCAUCCAUUGUACGAAUGGGCACGCGGCACACUUGCUGCCCAACUUAGCUGGAGGCCUUUAUCCAUUCCGAGGAACAAUGUCAGUUCAAAAGCCGGGACCGUUGUUUCCAGAAUACAAAGGAACUAGAUCUUGGAGCUUGUCUCACAAGUCAACCCUGGAUGCCGAAACUGGCUUCUUCGACACUGGCCUCUAUUAUUUGCAGCAAAAUGCUCUGACGGGGAGCAUUUGGAUCGGGAACGAGACGGCUUUUGUGAAGGAUAUCCUGACUGCAGAUGAUACUUAUGUCCCUAAAGAAGCGAGGCAGGCACUUUCUACUGUUUUGCCAAAAUUGUUUCUAGAUGGCUGGGGAUCGGAGACCGUUUCGGAGAUCGAGACUGUCUGGUCAGGCAUUCAAGGACAUACAGCGGAUGGACUUCCUAUAGUUGGCAAGAUACCCGAGUCUUUGACGGGCACUAUUGGUGACGAUGGACAGUGGAUAGCUGCAGGAUUCAACGGUUAUGGCAUGGACAAGUGCUGGCUGACGGGUGAGGCGUUGGUAAAAAUGAUACUUGGAGAGGAUGUCAGCGAGUGGUUUCCUCGGGCAUUCCUCGUCACGGAAGAACGUCUCCAGACCAAGCUCACAGCUGAUCAAACGUUGCUCAAGUUUGCAAGGAUCGCUCUACCCGGCGGUGCCAAGGAGGGGAAGCUGUAGAAUGUUGGACAGUGGAACAGAAUAGUCUAUAGCAUCAUGAACUCCCUCGACAUGACUUUCAAC